AUGGCUGAUCUGCUUCACAAGAGUCUGCGAGCUAUGAAACUUGAUGAAGAAGAACCAUUGACUCUUCCUGACAGCCCCCGAUUUAGAGUUUAUGAUGAGAACUCACUGAGUAUCCUGGGUCGCCUGCUUAAUCCUGACUGUCAAUCAAUGUCCAGGAUGAUUGACUACAUGCCCACAGCCUGGCGUGUAUAUGAUAGGGUUCGAGGGAUUGCUCUGUCCAGGGACCGAUUCCAGUUCGUGUUCCAGAGAGAGGAAGAUCUCGAAACGGUGCUUAAAGAUCGCCCUUGGUCGUACAACCAUUGGGCUAUGGUCCUUGAACGCUGGACUGACAGUCCAUCUGAAGAUUUCCUUCAGUCGAUGAAUCUCUGGAUUCGCAUACGCCAUAUCCCGGCGGUUUUCUUCAAAAUUGACAUUAUGUAUAAACUUGCGUCUGAAGUAGGCAAGGUUGUUGAGAUAGCAUACGACCCGAAAGUGUCGCACACGAAAGAAUACAUCAGAGCUCUGAUCUCUUUCAACACGGAGAACCCAGCCAAGGCGUCUAGAAGACUCAACCUACCUAAAGGUGGCUCUGUGGCGAUCGAGUUUGAGUAUGAAAAGAUCCAUAAAAGAUGUUUUCACUGUCUGAGGUUGACUCAUGAAAAGAUUCGUUGUCCAAUGCUGAAAAAGGAUGUGCGGUCUUCUAAGGUGAUGAAUAAUGCUCGUGAGGAAGCACGACCUAGCUCUCAACCUGAUAAGCAUACUGGGAUGCCUGUUCCUGGCUCAGAGCUUGAACCCCCGGGUUUUCCAGCCAUGUUCCCUGAGCUCUCGGAGCAGGAUAGACGCAGUGCAAUGGUCUAUGUAUCUCACACUGAUGAAACAAAGCGUAAUGCUCGGAUCCAACGUGUUCGUCAAGCGAUCACAGAUGCUGCCAAUGCUCCUCCGGUAUUCUUAACUAAGAUCACACCAGACCUUGACAAGGGAAAAGGGCAUGUUUUUGACUACCCGGACAUCAGCUCACGCCUCCAAUGGCCUGCUCCUAAAAAGCUACAGCUUUCAACAUCUGCUCCACUAGCUCUCCUGGGGAAUGAGAGUGAAACAGAGUCUUCCAAUGUGUCUCUUCCUGCUCUGCUUCCUCCCUUUGAUAUCACUACGGGUUUUCAGUUAGGGACAUCCUCUAAGGAUCCUACUGCCGGUGAUGGUAAGAGUGGUAAGAGAGCUAGGCGUCGUCCACCCUCUUGGAAGAGAAAGAUGCAAGUUCGAACUGCUGGGACCUCAAACAAUUCAACUCAAAAUGAAGGAAACAACAGAGAGAAUGGAACUAAAAGGAAGUCAGACUUGUCUGCGCCUUCCACAUCAGAAAGAUCUACCAAAAAACAAGAAAUUUCGGUGGCUUCCGGUUUGAAGCCGCUGCCAUCCCAAUGA